AUGAGUUCCGAUCCCAAGUUCCCAUGCAGCAUGCAAGUUUACAAUGUCCCCUCGUUUCCCUGCCAAUCGAUGGUACAUCUGCAAUUCCCCUUCCCCACACCCCGACUCGCCUCCACGGCCCUCAAGGCCCUCCAAGUCGAUCCCGAGCUGUCGCCCCUCGUCCAGAGACACUUCUCCAUCGGAUCUACUUCGUCGACCGAGCCCGAGCAGACUGCGCAAGUGCUGCAGGUGGAAUACCAGGCGACCACGAAUCGCAUGCUGCGAGUUGCCGUCAACUCCUUCAUGGAAGGGCUCAAGCUGGUCUUGGAGGUCAUGGAACAAUUAGAUGUCGACGUUCUGGCGGCAGAAAGCAAGACAGCAAUCAAAUCUGCGUAA